AUGCCUACCACGUCUGAUUUUAUUAACGCUGAUUUCGAAAUAGCAAAGCGACGGUUCAAAGAAAGUGUCGGUGACCCGGAUAUCUACGAGAGAGUACUUCAGACGACUGGAUCUGACGAAGUCACAAAACUGAUUAAGAAAGCACAAGAAGAUGCAGCCUCUAGUCUAGGAAUGCGGGGCAUGGGACGCCUCGAGCCAUUCAUACUUCGCCUCAAAGACUUCGCCUGUGUUUUUGACACCUACGUCCAAAUCAAACCCGACCUACUCGCUCUUAUAUGGGGUCCAAUUCGUCUCCUGCUUCUAUGGUCAUCUGAAUUUUAUGAGGCCGUGGACUCCGUGGUAGAUGCAACUGAAAUGAUUGCGCAGGCGCUGCCACGCUUUGCUUCAAUGGCCAGCCUUUUCAACGAGAAUCAGGCAGUCCGAUCCGUCCAUGUUCUAUUCCUCCAGGAUAUCCUUGACUUUUAUGCUGCGGUCUUGAAGUUCUUCGGCAAAUGGUGCUCGCCUGCGCGCGGCUUACUCGCCCGGGUUCGGAACAAAGUAAUCGAAAAGGCGGACAAAGCCUUUGAAAUAGCGUGGGCGGCCAAGAAGAAGGAACUCCGUGUCGUCGUCGAGAAUCUCGAAAAGCACGGACGCCUUUUGAAAAAGGAGGUGACUUUCCUUGAAAUUGAAGAGGCAAAGAAGGCCAGGGAUGAAGCGCUGGUGAAGAGUAAAAAAGAUGACGAGGAACAAGAGACGCGGAAGUUCCAUGGCUUGAGGUCUCGCAUCGCUCCAGUACUGUACGAUAAGGAGCUGGAUGGACUGAGCAACAGAUGUCACCCCGGUUCAGUGAAUUGGUUGCUUCGCGACCCCAAAUUCAAUCAUUGGCUCGAUGUCUCUAAACGCGACUCGACUUGGCUAUGGUUGCAUGGAAUUCUUGGGGCUGGCAAGACAUAUCUUGCGGCGGCGGCUAUCAAUCACGUCAAGAAAAGCAAUCAGGUGCUAUUCGCAUUCGCUAGCCAGGAGAAUCCGGAUGAAACGGCGCUUUCAUCUAUUCAAACAUUGAUAUUCCAGGCCGCGACGAAUAAUGCGGCUUUCAGGACUGUCUUGGUGGAAGCAAGCGAGCGAGAGUUACAGGGCAACACCAAAUAUGCGGCAAACUUGCUUAAGUCCUUACUCAUGUCGGCUGGGCCGGCAUAUAUCAUCAUCGACGGGCUUGACGAGAUCAAGGAGAUUGAGCGCCAGAUACUCUUACAAAAUCUAGAAAUGAUCUGCAAGGUCUGCAAGGAGCUCAAGGUCCUCAUUUCGAGCAGAGAUGUGCACGAUAUCGAGCAGGUUCUCAAGCUCAAAGCAAAGGAUAUUCGUGUAGAUCAGAAAAACCAAGGGGCCAUUCAGACAUACAUUAACGACAGGCUAGGGAGAUGGAUGGAUGAACACUGCGACGACACCGACUCCCAAUCAGAGAUAGUUCGCCUCCUGGCAGAUCUAUCAGCGUACGCUAAGGGCACCGUCAUACAAACAUGCAGGGCUAACGAUUUGCGUGGAAAAGGAAUGUUUCUUUAUGCACGUAUUAUGAUGGGUCUCCUAGAUAACCUACAUGGUAUCGAAGAAAUUCGCCAGGUGUUCAGAUGUCUUCCGACUGAAUUAAACGAAGCAUAUGAACGAAUCUUCCAGCGCAUCAAUCCAAACAAUCAAAACAAAUGUCGGAAUAUUUUUCUCUGGAUUGCAUGCUCCCCGACUCGCCUCACAGCUCUCGAGUUGGAACAGGUCAUACUCCUGGGAACUAGUGCUGGCGAAGCGCUUCCAAGUGCAACUUCACUCAAUUUCGUCAGGCUUUGCGGUCCCAUCAUCGAGGUCAUAGAUGGUUGGCCACAGUUUAUUCACGUCACGGCCAAAAGUCACUUCCUUACCAAAGAGCUCAAUAAUUCUAUUGAAGCAAAACAAGCCAAGCUUAAAAUGGCUCUAUGGGGCCUCUCCUACCUAAGUUCGCAGGAUUUAAGCGUUGAACUCUCCGAUUUGGACAUAAAGCGAAAUCUCUUGUCGGGGAAAUAUCGCCUUCUAGAAUAUUUUGCGAGCAAUUGGCACACCUUAGCCCUUCCUAUUGUACGGGACAUUGAUGAUAACAACAUAUAUCCCAAGUUCAACAGGAUGCUGACAGAUUUGGCCCGGCAAGCGGAGAAUGACCAGUAUGAAGAUGAAGCAGACUCCUCGAGACCGCCAUGCAUCAAUGAGACCCUGGCGAUGAACUCAUCAGAAGGUCAUAAUAUGCUUGGGGCAUCUCUGCGGUUUCGUCACAACGAGAAAGUGCCAGACUGGAAUCGAACGGAAAGCCAUGACUGGGUUGACUUAGAUCCAUUAACUACGUCAAAAAUGCUAGUCCGGGUUCAGAAACUCUUCAAUGAUUUAGUCUGUUCUCGAGCUUUCCACAACGCUGACUGCGGUGGCCAAUGCGCUAAACUGCAGAGGAACUAUGGUGGUCGCCUCUACAAAUGCCACUUUGUCUUCUGCGAGAGUAACCGUCUCGGAUUCGAGUCAGACAUAGACCGAUGCAACCAUUAUCUAUGCCAUUACAGGCCUUGGAAAUGCACCAAUGCAGCCUGUGAAUUUCGAAACAUUGGCUUCACUUCUAAGAAGAACCGAGAGACGCACUGGCUUGAGCGUCAUAUGAGGGAGGAAACCCAACCCGGAGAUUUGGACGGGCUGGAAAAAGAUGAGAUUCAACCGCUUCUUUUUCGACUUGUGGCAGACGAGGACAUCGAUGGCAUAAAACGUCUUCUGGCGCUUCCUGUCUGCGAAAGCCUAGGGUCGACUAUUCGUACGGCAGCGUCACUAAUAGCAGUCGAGAAAGGGUCCUAUCCAAUGGUUCGGCUACUCAUUCCUGAGGAUUGGAAGCACCUUCACACAGACUUGGUGAUAGCAGCAGUGGAAUCAGGCGACGUGGAUAUAGUCAAGUGGGCGCUCCGAAAGUCGAAUCAGGACGACCUUUCGAAACUGGUCGUGCCUAUGCUGCAUACCAAUUCCACCGAGGUUUAUUCCCACUUCAAGGAAUAUCUUCUCACAAUUCGUGUUCAGAGGAGCGGGGUGGACCCACUAGAGGCUCUAUUCAAAUCAACCGUCAUCAAGAAAACGAAGAAUGCUAUCACAGAGGAAAGACUGGGGGAAAUAUGGAAGCACUUGUUUCGGAAUGACAGAGUGAAACAGAAAACUUUGUCAGCUGCUCUGGUCAAUGUCGCCAAAUCGACCUUUUCGAUCCCAUUGGCACGAACUCUCAUCAAGCUCGGUGCUGAUGUUGACUAUCCCAAAGGUCCGUCUGAGAAUACCAGUUCCGGUAUGUCAGCUCUACGCUAUGCCGCAAGAAAGCCGAUUUCAAGUGAAACAGCCAUGUUUAUGAAGUUUCUUCUGGAAAACGGCGCAUGUCCCUUCGAAAAAGCUACCAAGGGAAACUCUCGAUCCGUGCUUAGCUUCUUGAAGCGGGGUGUAUAUGGCGAAACACCUUUCACGCCAUCCACAAAUACCGACAAACUGAUUAACAGGAAACAUGAAUAUAUCAAUCUCGCGGAUUGCGAGGGGGCCAAGAAUAUUUGGAGGAAGUUAGAUGAGACAUGGGAGGAACUUGCUAAGCGUAACGCUAAGAUAUGGAUGGAGGCAGAAGAAACAAGGCUAAAAUAG